UUGCCUAUCUGAGGAGUUCAGUGCUUCCAGGAAGUUGCAUUCAAGUUAAGUUUUGUGCUGGUGGAGGCCAUUCUUCAGACCUGUAUGGGUGGAUCUGGUGUUCACGUCGCGUGAAUCCUGCUGCCUGCAAACAUGUCCACUAUGAUAAACACUUUUCACAGCAGCUACAAUCCUUCACCAGGUCCUCCACCGAUACCUCCACGGUCAAGCCACAGAGGAGGACCAGUGGUGCCAUCAAACACACCAUUAGUCAAGUUUUUGUCGGUGCUGCUUCUUCUGCUAAUAAUACAGACAUUUGGAGGAUUUGUCUACCUGUUUCAUCGGAUUAACACGCUGCAGGACAGACGCAAUGAGAAUGAGAUAAGCACACUAAGACAACUACAGCAGUGUGCUGAAAACAACUUAGAAUCUGAGGAGGUACAGUUCUGCAGUAAGCUCGUUGAAAACUUCAAGACUGUUCUUAAAAAGGUCUCUCAGGCUGAAGGAAGAGUGGCUUUCUUGACUGGAUCUGGAGCUCAAGCAAGGAUGGUGUUAAACGAUAAGAUCAAUUCCAAUACACUGGUGUGGGACACAACCCACUCUGUGGUGGAUAAAAUCAGCCUCAGCACAUCAGGAGUCCUGACCAUUUACUACUCUGGAUAUUACUUGAUCCAAUCUCAAGUCACAUUUUCCAGUGCCGAUGAAAAAGCAGUGCUCAAGCAAUCCUUAUUAACUCAAAGGCCAAACGAAAAGGGCCCAACUGAACUGCUCCAGUCAUACUGCAGCUUGCCUCGGAAGACUAUCAUACCCGAUAUGUGUACUGCCUCGCAGGCAGGGGUUUUCAAACUUGAGAAGGAUCAGAGACUGUAUAUUACUGUAAAUAACCGGAGCUUGGUGCACCAUGACUCUACCACUUUUGGAUUGUUCAGGCUACAAUACUGAGUGCAGACUAACUAAGAACUGAGAUGAUCUACCAGCAAAAAGCAAAUAUGGAUAUGAUCUAAAACUCAAUCAAUUUUUCAGGGUAUACCUGUGGAACCAAACACUGAUACAUAUAUGAAAUUGGACUAUUUGAAAAAGGAAGCUGGAACUUCCACAGUGUAUCCUUUCUUUAACUGACACCACAGUACAAGCCCAAAGGAACCUCUGACUCACCACUGACUGCUGGAUUUCUUGGGAGAAUGUGUGAAAUUCAGUAACCCUUGUC